AUGAGAAGCAAACUUGACGAGAAUAUGAACAAAGUAUCUUUAAGAGUGAAUGAAGAAGAUAAUAAUGUAACGAAGAAAAGUUAUAAAGUAUAUUCUCCUGACCAGAAGGUGCUUUUUCUGUACUAUUUACAAGUGAAGUUGUUUAAAGCUGCGAAAGCUGCCAGAUUUUCUGAUGUAUCCAAACGUACUGGUCAGCAGUGGACUAAAAGAAUAAGAGAUGAACCUGAAUGGAAUAUAUUUGAAAAGCAAACAAAUAAGGAUAAGCGAAAGACAGGACAGCUGCAAGAAGAGCAUAAGGAGUUUAUUAUCGAUCUAUUUGAUAAAAACCCUCAAACACGUGUGGAGGAUGUUGUUGUGAGUCUGCAGUGUUCGUUUGCGAAUUUCAGCUUGAAAGAAACUAGUGUUCGUAACUUCAUGACAAAUGAAUGCAAUCUGUUAUUCAAAAGAGCAACAUUACAAACAAAAGAAAGAAACUCUGGAAAAACUCUUCAAAAACGAUUCGAGUGGGUAGAGCAAUGGACAACAACUGACAUGGAUUUUCUCUCCAACUGCGUUUUCGUGGAUAAAAGUGGCUUUGAUAUAAACAUGCGUCCACCUUCAGCCUGGUCUAAAGUUGGUACACCAGCAAUUGUCGAAACAAAGUCGACUAAAGGGGAUUCUCAUUCGAUAUUAGGUGCCAUAAGUUCAAUUGGGGUUGUUGAUAUUGAGCUUCGAGUAACAGAAAAGCCUAAGCAAUGUAAAGUUGAUGGUGUAGAACGAAAAAGAAAGCAGACAUCAAACCCGAAAAGAUGA